UUUUGCUGCCAAAAGUUUAUUUUAGCAAUUUAUUGGGGGCAGACUUAGUGAUUCAGGGGCCCGUUUCAAAAUGCUGCUGACCUGUCCUACCCCGAGAAAGGGACAUUAAAUACAGUAGUAUUCCUUUAAAAUGAUUUCUCAUACACAUAUUAGGAAGUAUUUCACUGUUGAGAUGUGAGAUAUGCCACAUGAAUUUCAUCACUUUAGUUUGUCAGACCUCACUAUGUGUGUAACAGUUUCUGCUGUAGACAGUUUACGUUACCGUCUAAGGCAAGUAUCGACUUCUUCACUAUAUUUUCUGUUCAUUUUAAUGUUCAAAAUAAAUUAAAGGAGAUUAAUUCUGAGUAAUGAGAUUCAAUAUGUUCUAAUGUACUGCUGUUUGUUCAUGUAUUAGCUUUACAACUGAAGGACAUUGUGUAUUUGAUAUGGGGAUGGUUUAAUGUGUUGUGUGAGUUAAGUUACUCCACCAGUAAGUGUAUGUUUGUACUGUUUCAGGUGAUCAGUGGUGUGUGAGUUCUCACAUGGCUUGUUCUGAGAACAUGUUUUUUCUCAUUGGCCUCUUUAUGUCAGGUGUUUUGGCCUGUUUUGGUGAACGAAAUUUGAUCGCCACAAUGCCAGAUAGACUGGAUGUACUGACUGGCUCCUGUGUGCAAAUCCCAUGUUCAUUUGAUAUUGAUGACCCACAGAAAACAUUUAACAGCACAAUACUACCCUCUGGAGUGUGGAUUAAAGGAAACCCAUACUUUGGUGGGCGUCCGGACAGAGUGAUAUUUAACAGUAGUGAGACGGUCAACAGAUAUCAAGGGGAGAUAACUGGAAACAUGUCACAGAAGAACUGCACCACAGUCUUCUUCAAUGUAACCACCAGUUACUCUGAUAAAUACUACCUCAGGAUUGAGAAUGGACCAUUCCUUGCAACAGAUCCUGAUAAGUCUGUUAAUAUAGUUGUCAGUGAUUUGCCUUCCAGUCCCAUCAUUACUGUCUCAGGUGAGGUGAAGGAAGGGACCCCUGUCAGUUUAAACUGCUCUGCUGUCGCUCCCUGUCCCGAACACCCCCCUGAGCUGACAUGGACUCUCCCAACACAGUUCACACCUGAGAACCAACUGCAGGAGAAUUCAGACCAAACCAAAUCAGUUCUCUCCACGGUGACCUUCACUCCGUCAUAUCUUCAUCAUGAGAAGAACAUCACUUGUACUGCAGUCUACCCAGUAGAGGCAAGCAACAAGAGAGCGGAACAUACCAUGAUGCUUAACGUUUCAUUCUCUCCUAAGGACACCUUGGCCUCCAUCAGUCCAGCUGAUUCAGCAUCAGUGGGCAGCUGUGUUAAUCUGACCUGCAGCAGUACAGCCAACCCUCCUGUGACAAACUUCACCUGGUUCAAGAUCAGUGGGGGUAAACGAACACAGGUAGCAUCUGGACAGAGUUACACCCUCAAUGUGACAUCUGGUAAUGGAGAACUGUACUACUGUGAAGCAAGAAAUAGUCACGGCUGUGGGAAGUCGAAUGAAGUGCAGCUGGCUAUAAAAGGGCAAGAAGAGUCAAAAACCUCAGGGGUUGGUUUCUGGUUCCUGGUUUCUGGGGUUGCAGCAGGAACUCUGGGGGCCAUUUUGCUUAUCAGCCUGAUCAGUCUUUUUGUAUGGAGGAGAAACUCGAGGCUCCACGAUGGACUUGAAAGGACAGACAGUCCACAGGGACAGAACUCCCCGGUUGGGACAGUGUGUACUAACCAGGCCACAGCCGGAGAGGAACCAGAGGAACCUGCAGAAGACCAGCCUGAAGAGAUUCACUACGGUGACAUAGACUUCUCCAAACUACAGACCAAAGAGACCCCAGCUGCAGCCCAGGACAGGGUCCAGGGACAGGAGAGUGAGUACGCUGAAGUCAACGUGACCGGUAGUAGGGCCCAGUUACCACCACUUAACAACCUAGAUGGGCUUUAUGCACAAGUCAAUAAAAUAAGUGCUUGUUAAUUAUUUUUCCAAUGGGUAUUAAGUGUUUUUAUGUACAGUAUUGUCAUUGUGUAUCUGUUUCUAUUGGUACUUUUGUUACACUUAUAAUGGUGUGCUCUUUAAUUAUCUGCAUAGUUUAGAAUUUGAUGGGAUGAAAAGUGUUUAACUGUUACUAUAGUGUUGAUAUUUUUUAUUUAUUUAUUUUACCUUUAUUUAACCAGGCAAGUCAGUUAAGAACAAAUUCUUAUUUUCAAUGACGGCCUGGGAACAGUGGGUUAACUGCCUGUUCAGGGGCAGAACGACAGAUUUGUACCUUGUCAGCUCGGGGGUUUGAACUCGCAACCUUCCGGUUACUAGUCCAACGCUCUAACCACUAGGCUACCCUGCCGCCCGAUGAUGCAGGCUACUCUUUAUUUUAGACCAUUUAUUUUGAGUGUUGAGUUCACAGAGCAUCUUUUUAAUGGGUUCCAGUAUAGAGGAACUGCUGAGUUCAACUAGCUCACUGAAGGCAUAUUAAGACCAUAUAAAGGAAAUGAUGACUGAGGACAGAAGACACAGUUAGUUAGAAAGACAGUGGUCUGAUACAAGACAGGAAGUUGGUGAAGUAAGUCUACAUGAUGGCAGAAUGGUGUUAACGUCUACUAGUCACUGUUUAUCUUCGUCUUUUGUGCAGUUACCAGAAUAACAAUCAUAUCUAUUUUCAGUUCAUAUCUAUUUAGAAGUUAUUCUGUCAGUGUUUAUGUUGAGUGUUAAAUCAAAGAAACAAUUGAGGGUGAAUUUAAGGUUGUUUAUUAAUUGCACUGUAAUAAAGCCCAUUACAUUCAAUUUCCAUGAAA